GGAAAGUGCACGGAGAGUUUUAAUAAAUUUGUUGAAACAAAAUGGGCGAUAAGGCACCACGAGACGAUUAUCAAUGGAAAAAUCACAGAAAUCAGUACCAUGCGGCGGUUGCAGCAAACAUCAUCUUCCUCGGUCAUGGAACGAUGAAUGGAUGGCUUUCACCUGCGUUGCCAACACUUUUGUCAGAGAAUACGCCGUUGAUAACGGGACCAUUAACUAAUGAGCAGCUGUCAUGGCUUGGAUCAAUCAGCGCUUUAGCUGGGAUUAUUGGCACAUUCAUUUUUGGAGUUAUAAUUACGUUUUUCGGUUGCAAAAGAGCGAUGUUGCUCCUUUCGCUGCCGUGUUUGACCUUCUGGUUUUUAGUUUAUUUUGGUGAUACAUAUUAUCACUUACUGACUGGGCGGUUUUUUCAAGGGGUUACCGGAGGAGGAAUUCAAUCCAGCAUAGUAUUGUACAUUUCCGAGAUUGCCGAUGAUAACAUUCGAGGACGGCUCAGUAGUGUGUCACAUAUAACGAGAAACAUUGGAAUUCUGGUUGCCUAUAUCUUGGGAGCAUUCAUUGAUUAUGAAACAAUUCCGUGUAUUUUUCUGUCUAUUCCGAUCAUUUUCGGUGUUUGGUUUUCUCUCCUCCCAAACACACCACAAUAUCUCCUUCAGAAGGCACAGUUGAAAAAAGCCGAAGAUUCACUCAAAUUUUACAAAGGCUUCACUGGAAAUAGCAUUGAUGAACAUAUUGCAUUCAAUGCUGAAUUCGACCGCCUAAAAUCCAUUGCAAAUGAACAGAAAGCAGAUGAAAAAACACCAUUGAAACAUAUUUUUGAACGAGACUCCUUAAAAGGCAUCCUAAAUGGAAUAGCGCUGUCAAGUUUGGGCCAUUUAACGGGAUUUUUGGUAUUUAUUACGUAUGCAGCGCAUAUCUUUGAGCAAGUUGGUGCAUCACAAAUCGAUCCGAAUGUUUCAUCAAUUGCAAUUGCUGUCGUUCAACUCGUUGGCACUUUAUGCACAACUCGCUUCUCUGACACACUGGGAAGGAAAGCUUUGCUAAUCACAUCGUUAUUGGGCACUGCUUUUGGGAUGAUUAUAUUCGCUUUAUAUUCUUAUCUCAAGUACAAUGGAUAUACGUUAUCAGCAUUUGAAUGGGUGCCUGUAGCGAGUUUAUCAUUUGUUAUUUUCACCGCAUCCAGCGGCGCAGUUCCAUUGAUAUUUUUGUGUACUGCAGAAGGUUUACCGUCAAAAAUUCGAACCGUUGGAAUGACAAUAUGCAUGGUAUUUAUGAAUUUAACAUCAUUUUUAAUCUUGAAGCUUUUUCCGAUUUUGAUGACAGUAAUUGGAUUGCAUGGUUGUAUGCUCACUUUGGCAACAGCAUGUAUACUGGGAACUUCAUACGUUUAUUUUGUCGUCAAAGAAACAAGCGGCAUAUCAAUGGAUUCGAUUGGCUCGAAAGGAGGAAAACGAGCUCAAAACAAUUGAACGUUUCGAAACCGUUUUUGUUUUGGAUUUCAUUUCUCAGAACUGUGCUACUUUGUAAAUAACUUUUAACUUAUUUGCUCACUAGAUUACUGUGUUUUUGUUGGUGGUUCUAAAAAUUCAUCUGGCAAAAACUAAACAAAAUAAAUCUCUAUUGCAAAUAACCAUAAAUUUUGCGAAGACUAACUUUUUUUUACGAUUUUUUUUCGAAAUUCAAAAGUUUCGUUACGAUGGAGGCGCCUAGUUUGUUAUGAUAACUUAUACUUGUUUGUUAUGGCUGUGAUUUACUCCACGUAUCAAAUCUCAGUCAAUGUUCGCCAAUUUAACCGAGUUCCUAGGUUGAGUCGGCUACUUCAUAAGUCGACUUGACCUAGAGGAAUAUUUAACAUAAAAUGUAAAAGCAGACUUGCACAUGGUGGUUGAUUUCCGGUUAAUGAUUUCAAACAUCCCCAUCUUCUAUUCUUAGGUUUUGUUUCUAAUUGAGAAUUUUUCGACGUUCGCGAUGUAAAAGUGAUUCAUUGCUCAUUAAACAAACUUGCCGCAAUUGAUGACAGCAUACAAGAAUGCCUCAACAACUGAACAAGAUGAAUCCACUUUCAUAACACUCAUGCAACGAAUGGACGUGUCUAGACCCAUGCAGACAAUAGAUGCGUUUACGUACAUGUUUAAACUGUUUAUUGCUAUUUAUCGUAGACGUCAUACAUUGUACAAAUGCGUGCUGUUUAUGUUUCUAUAAAUCAAUCGCUUUUUUACAGAAAUCACGAUUUUUACUUGUCAACCAGGUCAACGGUAAAUAAAUCUUAAUCCUGUAUUCAAACAUGUAAAUAAAACUUGAUCAAACAAACUGUUAUAAA